UAUACACGUCUGCACUUUCAUGGCCAAACAGUACUGAUUUUAGCUCGCCAACAACAUACAGCACACACGCAGCAAACGCAAUGAAAUGAAAUUUAACUGGCUAAGCGAAUACUUGGCCGAAACACUCAACGUUACUGCAAUAUACGACGCUGUCACACGUCCAUUCGCCGAGUUACGCCUGGAAAAUCUGAGCCCGCAAGCCAUCUAUUGCCGGAUUAGGUCAACAUCGGCUGAAGCGCUGGAGCAUAUAGUGAUUGCAUGUGCGGUAUACUUGCUAGUAUGCCUGGGCCUAUACAAACUCACCUUUUGGCUAUCCACUUCUUCGACAUCGGCACCGUCAGCCCCUGGCGCCCAGCUGAAGAAGGAGAAUGGGAAUGGCGGUGACACAAAUGUCAGCAACAACGGAGGCCUGCGGAAUGCACUCCAGAACGGUCUGCGUUUGCGUAGCGUUCAUCUGCCCAAAGCGGCUUUAAUGGGUCGCAUGCUUUUGGUUAUCGCACAUCCGGAUGACGAGUGCAUGUUCUUUGGGCCACUGAUCUACUCGCUGACGCAGCGUGACGGCUGUCAGGUUUACGUGCUCUGCCUGUCAAAUGGCAACUAUGAGCAACAAUCGCAAUUACGUCGGGAAGAGCUGUUUCGGGCGUGCAAACGUUUGGGCAUUGACGAAUCGAAUGUUAUAUUGGUGAAUGCCACCAAUUUGCCAGAUGAUCCCAAUGUUGAGUGGCGGCCGGAUGCGGUUGCCAGCUUUAUAUUGCAUACAGUUGAGAGUCUUGAUAUACAGGCGAUAUUCACCUUCGAUCGCGAUGGGGUCAGCUCGCAUCCCAAUCAUUGUGCUGUGUAUUAUGCGGCCGCUUCUUUGUGUUUAGCCAAUUUAUUGCCUAAGGGCUGUAAGUUUUUCACGCUAGACUCGAUCAAUUUGGCCCGCAAAUAUUUGUCAAUCUUCGAUCUGCUGUGCACGUGCCUCAUGUCCACGCAUUGGUGCAUACUUAGCUGGAAGGAGGCGACUGUUGUCAGAGGCGCCAUGAUGGAGCAUCAAUCACAAAUGAAAUGGUUCCGUUGGCUGUAUAUUUACACAUCGCGCUAUAUGUAUAUCAAUUCGAUGCGCGAAAUAAACCUUUCGGAUGUCGAACUGGAAAUGCAAAUACAUGAUAAUUAGAAAUGGGCAGCGAUUAUUACGAAA